ACACCGUUAAAGUUGCACCGAUGCUUCUGCUUGGAAUUCUAAUUCUCUUUACUUCUACUUUUGCCAGUGCAAGCUAUGAAGAAGGCAUUCAGAAGCCUAACAAUGUUGUGGUGAAGGGUAGCGUAUCCUGUGACACCCAUCUAUCAGAAACCUCCUACUUCUUACCAGGUACUUUGGUUGCCGUGGAGUGUAGAAUCAACAGUAACAGGAAAUGGAAGAGCAGCCAUAGCAAGUUUUAUGUUGAAGGAGAAACAGAUGAAAAUGGCGAAUUCGCCGUGGAGCUUCCCAUCAUACAAAACCUUAGCCCCAGCAAGUCAUGCUCAGUUAGACUUCUCAGCAGCCCCCAUGAGUCGUGUGACAUACCCUCAAUCACUGCGUCUUCCAAACUUGUCCUAACAUCUUCAAAUCCCAAUGGAAUGCACAUCUAUGUGUCUACUCCAUUAUCCUACCGUGCAUCUAAACAAGAAGCUAUCUUAUCCUCUCUUCCUCGUCGUAGAGCUUUGCAAGCACCCCCUCUUCUUGGCAUUCCUCCGCUACCCAAGUUCAGUUUUCCUCCUCUUCCUAGCAUUCCUUCAUUGCCCAAAUUCUCUGUUCCCCCUCUUCUGACCAUUCCCCCACUGCCCAAAUUGAGUGUUCCUCCCCUUCCAACUAUACCCCCUCUUAAUAUUCCAAAUGUGGUUGCUCCCCCACUCCCUAAUCCACCCACUUUCCCUAAGUUGAGUGUUCCUCCUCUACCAAGUGUACCAACUCUUCCAAAAAUAAGUGUUCCACCUCUUCCUAGCACACCCCCUCUACCUAAUUUGAGUGUUUCUCCUCUACCAAGUGUACCAAAUCUUCCGAAACUAAGUAUUCCACCUCUUCCUAACACACCCCCUCUACCCAAUUUGAGUGCCCCUCCUCUACCAAGUGUACCAACUCUUCCCAAACUAAGUGUUCCACCACUUCCUAGCACACCCCCUCUACCUAAUUUGAGUGUUCCUCCUCUAUCAAGUGGACCAACUCUUCCCAAAUUAAGUGUUCCACCUCUUCCUAGCACACCCCCUCUACCAUUGUUGAGUGUUCCUCCCCUCCCUAAUGCACCUUCUCUACCAAAUUUGAGCACUCCUCUAAAUAUACCUUCUAUUCCACCCUUUCCCAAGCUUAGUUUUCCUCCUCUAUCCACUUUCCCUUCCACAUUUCCACCAUUUCCUCUUUUCACCCCACCACCACCUUCUACAAAGGAUGAGACACCUUGAAAUCCAAGCUUAUGAAAUAUUCAUCAACCAUGCUCAUUUUUAAAUAUGUAUUCCCUCAUGUGAUACUUGCAUCUAGUUCACAUUUCAUGCAAAGUAUUGUAAUUGCUAUAUCAUUUAUUUGGAAUAAUCGGUGACAUAUGUCCCGUUCCAUA